CCCAGCUACGAUAUGUAUUUAUACAGAAUUUGAACUGGCGGAUUGAUGGUGCAGUUUAACUGUAAGGAGAGUGUCGUCUUACUAUAUUAUUGCUCAAGAUUUUUUCAGCCAAAAUGGACAAGAAAUCUGGGAACCAACAGUCAAAAAAUGAGGCCACCACAAAUGUUGAAGAAGUUACGACGAAGGCUGAGGUUAUGACCACGGAGCCUUCAGAACGGUGCAAGCAUCCUCUGGAAAACACGUGGAGUUUCUGGUUGCAAGCCAACAACAAGAAGGAGUGGAAGGACAACCUCGUGGAACUUACCAGUUUUGACACCGUAGAGGAUUACUGGUGUUUAUACCAUUACAUGAAGUUGCCUUCCGAGCUGACUUUGGGGCAGGACUAUGCCGUGUUCAAGAAGGGCAUUGAACCGACGUGGGAGGACAAAGAAAACAGGCAAGGGGGCAGGUGGAUGAUCAUGGUCGAGAAGGGGAACUACGAAAAACUGGACCGGAUCUGGCUGGAUACUGUUCUAAUGGUGAUCGGCGAAAAUUUUGGGGACCAAAAUGAGUCAAUUACGGGGGUCGUAGUGAAUGUUAAAGCCUACUCAAAAAUUGGGGUUUGGACGAAAAAUCAUGCGGAUAAAAAUACCGUAAUGCGAAUCGGACACACACUCAAGUCGGUGCUUAGAAUCAGACGACUCAUUGAAUACAUGCCACAUAACACGUCCAAAAUUAUAUAUUCCAUUUGAAGCAAGUAAAUAAUAUAAUAAG